AUGUCAAUUGAUGAGUUUAAAGAGGAAGUCUAUAAUUUGGCAACGGUGAACGGCCGAAGUAUCAAGAAACUCACUGAUUUGGCAGAACAGCUCAAGGAUGAGGCUGUUUUCUUGGUUGAGAUCAUCAUUAAAUCUAUAAAAGAGAGUAUUCCUAAUACGAAGCUUCCAAAAUUUUACUUGUUAGAUUCCAUCACCAAAGCGGUUGGAGGAAAAUAUAUUGAAAUGUUUGCUCAGCAUAUUAAAUCUGUUUAUCCAGUCACUUUCAAGCAGUCACCUAAUAGUGUGAAGAAGAAGCUUCUGACUCUCUUCAAGACUUGGUAUAUCUAUUACCCCCAUGAAAUACUCAACACAAUCUAUAACGAACUGGAACUUUCAAGAUUUGAGCGCGAACUGCUAACCCCUGAAGACCACAAGAAGAUCCAGGGCUUUAUCUCAAGCAAGACGAGAGAAGAAAAUAAAGCUAGGCCAGCUGUUCGGCAGGCAAAUCCUCUUCCCCCUCCUAUGUCGUAAGUAUUGAAGGAAUGAAAGGCGGAGGAAAUGAUCCACUCUAUUAUAGUACUCUAUGUCCACACCUACUUCUAACUUUGUACAAUA